CAUUGGCUCGGUGUGUCAGCUGGGCGGAGAGGGCAUGGAGUUGCUCUCUGGGCUCCUAGCUGUAAUUCGCGGUGCACCGAGAGGCAAAGAGCGAUCCCGGGUCAUGGACGAGCGAGCCAUGGAGGUUUAUGACGUUAUACGUAACAUCCGGGACCCGGAGAAACCGAACACUCUCGAGGACCUUGAAGUGGUGUCAGAAAGUUGCGUGUCUGUGGAGGAACUGGAUGAGGAAUGCUUUCUGGUGACCAUCAGAUUCACACCCACCGUACCGCAUUGUUCCCUGGCUACGUUAAUCGGUCUGUGUUUGCGAAUCAAGCUGCAGCGAUGUCUGUCCUUUAAACAUAAGCUUGAGAUCUACAUUUCUGAAGGGACCCACUCAACAGAGGAGGAUAUUAAUAAACAGAUAAAUGAUAAAGAACGAGUGUCUGCAGCCAUGGAGAACCCGAGUCUGCGAGAGAUAGUGGAGCAAUGUGUCACGGAGCCGGACUAGACCCCACCUGAACGCUCGGAAGAGGCCACUCUCUGUGUACAGUAUGGGUGCAGGGCCUAGAAAUGGCUUCCAAGAAGAUGUUAUUCUCUUCAGUCAACAACGGCGGACAAAGGGUGUGUUUCUGAGGAGGAGCAUAUCCGACGAGCAACGUGUUCCAGCAACGACUCUCUGUGGAUCCCAUAUUGGGACGAGAGGCGUGGAGUCAACAUACAGAUAAAAGUAGAUUAUAUUUACCAACAGUGCCUGUAAUCUGAACUAUUCUAUUCAUAACAGGCAGGCAUCAUAAAUAAAAUAUUUUAGAUAAU